ACAUGAGUAAUGACAAAGGAAAACGUCGACUGUCAACGCGUCAAAGUUUAUAUAUACCUAUUGGUAUCGAUAAAUAUAUGUAUUGGACGACGCGUGGCUAAUAUAAGGAGCUAGAGGAGGCUCGUAAACGCGAAAGAAACCGAACCGUAUAUACAAAGCCAUGAAGUGUCCGACAACUGUUUUAUCGCUGGUACUGGUACUGAUGGUCGCGAUCGACGAUCGCGCUCACUGCCAAGAGGAGCCAAAAGUCAAUUACGACCAAGAGGAAGAAGCUGGGCCGAAAGUUACUUACGACGAGGAAGGAGAGGGUCCAAAAGUCAGUUACGACGAGGGAGGAGAGGGGCCGAAAGUCAAUUACGACGAUGAUCUGAACGCGUCGGAAGAUCGACCCUGCGACGUGGUCGAUGACAUCGUCUGCGGGGCCUACUGCGCCGACCAGAAGCCACGUAAGAGGGCCACCUGUGACGAUGGAAAGUGCCGAUGCGUCUGAACCCCAUAACUAUGCACAAUUUUUCAUUUCUCCACUUUUGCAAUCGAAAAUUAUGUAUAAAGAUUAAAAAUAAAAAAAAUGCUCGCGAAAUGUCGAAAACAAAGUUG